UCUGGAGGCAGUGUCAACGAUUUGGCAAGCGGCGAGUGCAAUCAUUGAUGUCUUUCCGGUACCGGACUGCGCCUGGGCGAUAACAUCCCUGCGCUCAAUAAUGGGUCUGAUGGCCCGUUGCUGGAUAGCUGAGGGCUUCUCAAAGCCAUGGUUGUAGAUGCCUCGGAGGAGCUCUUCUUUAAGGCACAUAUCGUCGAAGCUCAUUAUCGGCUCUAUACCUUCAGAUUCCGAGGUCACAAACUUGAGCUUCUCCUCUACGGUGUUUUUGACACCCCGUAUCGUUUGGCUUGCCCUGGAGGUUGCGGUUGCUGCCAUGCUUAAACAAAAACUUGGUUCGACUUCUGUGGGUAUAUUAUGUCAAAAGAAUCUAAGAUAUUCUAGGGUUGAUGAGGAGUACGCAUCCGUCAGGAACGAGCUGAUGCUGAUGAAUAUCAGAGCUGGCAGAGAGGAUUACAUCAUGAACAAGCCUCUUCCGAUUGUGAGUGUGAGUAGCGAUGAGGAGUUACGAGCAGAAUUCGCCAAGAGGGGCAAAACCUUCCGAGUCUACAUCGAUAACAACCGACGUUAUCAGAAGGCUGAGAUUCACCAUACUGCAAAAGUGGAGUUCGGCCUCGACAUCUCUCUCGAUCCACCAAAUUAGCUAACACCAUACUCACAAUCCUUCUUUCGGGUGUUUAACAUUGUGAAUUUGUGAUACGAUUAGUUAGACAUUUGAUCAAGCUGGCUCGCUCUAUAUGCUUUGUUGUGUUUGUUACUCUUUAUAUUUCUCGUUGUAAACAGCAUGAACCUCCACUAAAGAACAGGAAUUGCAAUACAGAAAAUAUAGCUUAUUUCUAUGCAAUACAGAGUAGCGGUGAACUACUUGAUUAUCCUUGUUGAGAAAGAUUACUGGUUAUACUCACCGUUUUGGGCCACAGAUCGUCACUGUUGUACUUGAUCAGUGAGUUUAUGAGGCCCAGUCUGACCCAAAAGUAUAUAAUAUAUUGCUGCAGUUAUUAUUA